AUAUAUGUCACAUUUGAGGAAUCGUAGUCACUGUCAUAUCAUAAUUUCAUAUCGCUGUGACUGACUUGGAUUCACAAUUUUUAUGUGUUUUUAAAACAAAAAUUGAAUGAUUGUUUUUUUUUUUGAGAAAAAUUGUGGUUGUUUUUAAAUCAUAUUAUUGAAAAAAAAAAUGUGAACUCGUGAACUAGUAGAAAAAAAAAAAGACUCCAUCAUGCAGGCCCAACCUUCCACCAGCGUGGAGGCGGCGGUUGACCCUCACACCACCCAGAUGAACCAGAUUAUGUCUUAUAUUAAGACGUUGGCUAAUCCAGAGUGUUCUGAUGUUCUCAGAUUGAAAGCCAUUCAAGAAACUAGCAAGAAGUUUGAGACGAUUUUAAAUUCAGCCAAUUACCCAAAUUUCCUUAAACUAUCUGUGAAAGUAUUUUUAAGCGUGCUAGAAGAAGGGGAGCCAUAUUUUAUUUCCGAAUAUGAUAUUCAGCAAACUAGGAAGUUGAUUUUAGAAAUUUUAUAUAGAUUACCUACUAAUGACCAUCUGAAAAAUUAUGUUACUCCUAUUUUGAAUAUAAUGUUGAAAUUAUUGGAAAUUGAUAAUGAAGAAAACGUUUUAGUUUGCCUUAAGAUUAUUAUAGAGUUACAUAAAAUAUAUAAACCUCCUUUAAGCGAAGGAAUCCAAAGGUUUUUACAAUUCGUCAAAUCGAUUUAUUCAAACUUGCCAAACCAUAUGCCAAAAAUAUUUGAACCCAGAAGCCAGAUUAAAGUUAAAGAUUUAACUGAAGUAAAUACGGAAGAAUUACUUAAAGAAACUUUUACUAUCACUGGAAUACAGACCGAAAAAAGAAAUAAAGAUGGUACUCUAAUAGCGUACUACCUCAUACCUAAAGCAGUAUUAUCCCUAAAAGUCCUCCAAGAACUUCCAAUAAUAGUUGUUCUUAUGUACCAACUCUAUAAACAAGAUGUCCAUCAAGAUGUUAGCGAUUUUAUACCUCUCAUAAUGAAAACUAUCACCUUACAUCCGGCUUUAGAGCAGAGACAAAUGGACAAUUUUAAUAAAGAGAUAUUUGUCGAUUUUAUGGGCGCCCAAAUCAAGACCCUGAGUUUUUUGGCUUACAUCAUCAAAAAUUAUUUGGAGGUGGUCAAAAACCAUUCGGAAAUGAUGGUUCAUGGUAUGCUAGGCCUUUUAACUUUGUGUCCGAUGGAGGUUGCUCAUUUAAGAAGGGAACUACUUAUUGCUGCGAGGCAUAUUUUAGCUACGGAAUUAAGAAACAAAUUUGUACCUCAUAUGGAACGGCUUUUUGAUGAAGACGUCCUUUUGGGACGUGGUUGGACUACUCACGAGUCUCUCAGACCUUUAGCCUAUUCCACCCUAGCUGAUUUGGUUCAUCAUAUACGUCAGCAAUUACCAAUGUCUAAUUUAACAAGGGCCGUACAUUUGUUUAGUAAAAAUGUGCACGACGAUAGUUUGGCCACUACCAUACAGACUAUGUCUUGUAAAUUGUUGCUGAAUUUGGUCGAGUGUAUCAGACAUAGGUCGGAAAAUGAGAAUAUGAAUGAAGGUAGAGAGCUUUUGAUGCGCAUGCUGGAAGUUUUUGUCUUGAAAUUCAAGUCCAUAGCAAAAAUUCAGUUGCCGAUUCUUAUUAGUCGUUGUGAGCAAAAGAAGCAGGAAUUGCCAAUUCUAAGUAGUUCUCAGGGAACUGGAGAAGAGAUUAAAACUGAGCCGACAGAGUCCCUAGACAGUCUAAAUGCUACUCAAUCAUCUGAAAAAGAACCAAAAUCGAGAUUUGGCGCUCAACCAGCUAAUAAUUACAACGUUGCCGAUUAUAGGAGUUUAGUUAAAACUUUGGUCUGUGGUGUUAAAACAAUCACUUGGGUUUGUUCGAGCCGCAAAACAACUACAGGUCAAACUUUGGGUCAGGCUAAACAUUUUCAACCACAUGAAACAUUAAUUUUUGUCAGAUUAGUGAAGUGGGCUUUAAAGGCUUUGGAUAUUUAUACUUUGAAUAUUGGGCCUCAACCUGGAGCACCCUUACCGAAGAUAAUGCAAACAGUUAAAACGAAAGAAGAAAAAGAAGUCUUGGAGCAUUUCAGCGGCGUAUUUUCCAUGAUGAAUUCCCAAACUUUCUAUGAAAUAUUUUCCACUACAAUCGAAUAUUUAGUAGAAAGAGUUUACAAGAAUCCCACUCUUCAAACGGUUCCCAACACGUUGCUGGCAAACCCAGCUACUAGUCCCAUAUUUGCCACCAUUCUAGUAGAAUAUCUGCUAGAACGGAUGGAGGAAAUGGGAUCCAACUUGGAACGAAGCCAGCUAUAUUUGAAAUUAUUUAAAUUGGUGUUUGGCAGCGUGUCACUAUUUCCUCAAGAAAAUGAGAAUAUGCUCAGGCCGUAUUUACAUCAAAUUGUCAAUAGAUCAAUGGAACUAGCAAUGACAGCUGCCAAGCCUCAUAAUUAUUUCUUACUAUUGAGGGCUUUGUUCCGUUCAAUAGGAGGUGGUAGCCAUGACCUUUUAUAUCUGGAGUUUUUACCUUUGCUGCCCAAUCUUCUCGAAGGUCUAAACCGAUUGCAAAGCGGUUUGCACAAACAAGAAAUGAAAGAUUUAUUUGUAGAGCUAUGCUUAACAGUCCCUGUUAGACUGAGUUCCCUUUUACCUUACUUGCCUAUGUUAAUGGAUCCUCUGGUUUCCGCCUUGAACGGUUCUCACACUUUGAUAAGCCAGGGCCUGAGAACCUUGGAGUUAUGUGUAGACAACUUACAGCACGAUUUCCUGUAUGAACACAUCCAGCCUGUUCGUGCCGAAUUAAUGCAAGCUCUAUGGCGGACCCUGAGAAAUAACGAUCAGGUUGCUCAAGUAGCUUUUAAAGUUCUUGGUAAAUUCGGAGGGGGCAAUCGAAAGAUGAUGAUAGAGCCUCAGAAACUUGAGUAUGUAUCUUCAGACUUUGAUCCGCCUGCAAUUUUGGCCAGAUUCGAUGACUAUGAGAAAAUAGUCGAAUUUCCUGUAGCGAAAGUGAUGGAAACGGCGUUUAAUGCCCUCAAACAAAGCACCACUGAUCCAUUUUAUCGCAAGCAAGCUUGGGAAGUUAUCAAUUGCUACUUGACAGCUUCGAGGGAUCUUAGUGAUAGUAAACACACUUUAAUUAAUUUGUUUUUGCAUCCGAGCUUCCAAGAUCCAGAUACUAUUAGAGAUAUUAAAGGGUCGAACUAUUUGUCUAUUCAUAAGUUGGCUAGGGAUACACAUCAGAUGGCGCUUACUGGUAUGAUUAUUGGUGCCGCCAUCAAAGAACUACGGGAACCAGCUACGAAAAUUUUCGUUUUACUGGUGCGUCACUACACAAUGGUGGCGGUAGCUCAACAGUGCGGGGCUUUCGCUUACACGCCCGAACCGAACAAACAAAUCGACUUGGACCCGUUGGUUUUAGUGGACGCUUUGGCCGUAAUUAUGGGACACGAGGAACGGGAAUUGUGCAAGCCUGGGCGGGUUGGCUUGAUGUUGAUUGUCGAUACAGCAACCACUUUGCUGGGGAGCAAAGAAAUGGCCUGUCGCUUACCACUUAUCGAAUACCUAUCAGAGAAAAUGUGCGGACUUUGUUAUGAAAGAGCCUGGUACGCUAAAUUGGGAGGAUGUAUAGCAAUCCAAUUCAUGUUUGAGAAGUGCGCCUUGAAAUGGGUCUACGAGCACAUGUUUACGUUCCUUAAGGCCCUUUUAUUUGUAAUGAUGGAUUUGACUGGGGAAGUAUCUAGUGGUGCAUUGGACAUGGCUAGAGAAAAUUUGCAAAAAAUGCUCAUAGUUUUGGUUACACCACCACCACCUGGAAGUGACGAAAAGACUAGAAAUUUGCAAACUGAUGCUUUGCAAAAAGUAACUCACGAACUAGUUAGGCAAGUUAGUAGUCCUCAUGUGAUGCUUAGAGAACAAGCGAUGGCCAGUCUUAAAUUACUCGCAAAAGAACUAAAUAAAAGUGUAACGGAAAUAAUGGAGCCAUUUAAAGCAGUUUUAGCCGAUAUGGUUCCUCUCAAGAACCAUUUUCUUAUGCACCAACCAGCUAUUGCUCAGAUGGGUCUUAUGGACGGCAACAUGUUUUGCACAACUCUGGAGCCACGUCUAUUUACUCUGGACCUCAAAAUUCACGAACAUAAUUUGUUUAUUACUGAUAUGCUGCAAUUGUGCAAAAUGGAAGAUUCUAGAUUAUCUACGUACUUUUGCUACAAGUCCAUUUCUAAUUUCACUCCCUUAAGACAGAGCGCUUUGAGAGUCUUAGCUUCUUGUUACUAUUUAGAGGAUGUUAGAGAACAAAUAUUUGAUGUUUUAUAUAAAGCUUUAGAAAAACAAAAUCCAGAAUUACAAGAAACCGCCUUCGAAUGUAUGAAAAAAUUCAUUUCCGGAUCUACUGUGUAUAAGGAUCUGUUUAAUCCCAGAGUUCGGCCACUUUUGCUCACUUUAGGUGACGAAAAAGUAGUCACUUUGAAUGGCUUCAAAAUGUUGUCAUAUUUAACGCAGCUUUUCCCUAAUGAGUUUAAUGAGAAGCUUUGCGAGCAACUAUAUUUGAUUUUGGAGAAAGUGUUGGAAAAACUGAGCACUGCUUACAAAGCAGGAACUGAGGGUGGUAAUGGUAAUGGUACUAACGGCGGACUACCUAAAAAAUCGGAAAACGAAGAAAAAGUUGUGAUUAUAAUCAGUAUUUUCCAUCAAACACCGGCAGCAACCAGUAAAUUUGUAUUAAAAUUGACGCAAUUGAUUUUGCAGGCGGAACAGGCUAUGUGCAUUGAAGCCAGUAGCCCAUUUAGAGCCACACUAAUGAAGUUCCUUCAAAGAUACCCCGCUGAAACUCUGACAUUAUUUUUGGAUGAUAAUUUCAUCAAAGACAAACAAUUCAGUCGCUACUUAGAAUAUAUAUUAAAACACCGAGACGGCAAACCUUUUAGAGAUUACAUUCAAACCAGCAUGAUACGGAGGCUUAUAAUAAUGAUACAAUCAAAUUACGUUAGUAUAAAUUUGGGACUGCAAGAAGGAAAUGACUUACAAAAAAAUGAGCUUCAGUAUCAGGCCAUAAGGAUUAUAUCAAUUUUGAUUAAGUUUGACGAUCAGUGGUUGUCUACGCAACCAGAUUUAGUGGAAUCCUUAAAACAAAUUUGGUGUGAUGAUUCUUAUCAAGAACGUCAUAAAAAUGUAGAGCAAUUAGAAUAUACUCAUUGGAAAGAGCCGAAACUAGUCGUCAAAAUACUAUUGCAUUAUUUUUGUCACUAUCCCAACAAUAUCGAUUUAUUGUUUCAACUAUUGAGGGCUACAACCGACAGAUUUAUACCAGAUUUUCAGUUUUUGCGUGACUUUUUGGAAAAUACUGUAGCACAAAAUUACACUGUGGAGUGGAAACGUUCGGCUUUUUUCAGAUUUGUGGAUCUGUUUUCUUUGCCAGAAAUGUCUCAGGAACUAAAAGCCAAGGUUCUACAAUUAAUUCUAAUUCCGUGCUUUUCCAUAAGUUUCGAACGUGGCGAAACUAUUAAGUUAAUCGGAGGCCCUCCAAUGCCAUAUCAGGAUAACACUGAAAACGUAGUCUCAGUAUUCAUAAACAAGCUCAUAGAUCCUGACAGUCCUUAUCCGCAAGCAGAUUGCGUACGAAUCUCUCUGCUUCAGUUUUCCUGUUUGCUGGUAGAACAAGCCAGUUCUCAUAUACACGAUCACGAUGCCAACAAUAAGGCGCAAGGUUACAAAUUGAGACGACUGAUGACGUUUGCCUGGCCUUGUUUAUUGGUUGAAAAUUGUGUGGAUCCAGCUACAAGAUAUCAUGGCCAUUUGCUACUCUCCCACAUAAUCGACAAGUUCGCCAUCCAUCGAAAAAUCGUGUUGCAAGUUUUUCAUUCUUUAUUAAAGGCUCACGCCGUUGAGGCUCGAAAUGUGGUCAGACAGGCACUGGAAAUUCUUACACCGUCGAUGCCUUUAAGAAUGGAAAAAGGCUAUGAUAUGUUGACACACUGGACAAAAAAAAUCCUAACGGACGAGGGACAUUCUAUGCAGCAACUUUUCCAUAUUUUACAAUUAGUUGUCAAGCAUUAUAAAGUGUAUUAUCCAGUACGUCACGAUUUGGUUCAGCAUAUGGUUAGUUCCAUACAAAGACUGGGCUUUAGUGCAACAGCUACUUUAGAGCAUCGUAAAUUGGCCGUGGAGCUAGCUGAAGUUAUAAUUAAAUGGGAAUUAUAUGGGAUUAAAGAUGAGGUUACACCAGAAGGUCAAAAUGAUGUGGAACAUGUCAGGAAAAAGCUGGCAAUAGCUUCCAGUUCUGGCACACCUACGCCAUCAAAUGUUAAACCAGGCGAGCAAACCCCUGUUGUACAAGAGCACAUUGACAAAAGACACACCGAUAACGUGUUGUUUUGUUUGCUUCGAUUGGCUUGUCAGGUCAAUGAAAUGUCGCCGCAAAAUCCUAUUAAUCCAGGCACCACUAGUCCAGGAGAAUUGCUGUCUCGCCGCUGUGUGAUUUUAUUAAAGAAUGCCUUAAAACCGGAAUUAUGGAUGGAGCCCGUUGAUUUGAAUUUAGCAUUUUUCCAUAAAAUUUUAGUGUCUGUUGCGGCCCCGACUCACAAUAUUGCCAAUAUCAGUACCGCGUUGGAACUGUUAACGUUUUUGUUGACUGUUUUGACAAAAAAGCAAAUUCUGGAUCAGUAUAAAAUGCUUCAGGAAGGGCUAUCAGCUUGCGUGGUAUCCUCGGAUGAAAAAAUAAUACAACUGAUGCACAAUUUUCUCACUAAAUUGUUCGUUAUUAUACCAUUAGAAAGGGUAAAUAAGGUUGAAGAGUUGAAUAUCUUAUAUACCAAGAUAAACGAUGAAAUUUUAAAAGGGCUAAAUGCUUAUGAAGAAAAGAAAUCACCACAGGUUUCAGCUCUUUACGGAAUCCUUAUGAUCCUAAAAGCGGCCUGCAACAACCGUCCCAACUAUAUUGAUACUAUGAUUUCACCAUUUAUGCGCAUGUUGCAACGGCUCACCAAAGAACACCUCCAACCGCCUUCGCAAGAAUUCGCAGUUCGCAUUGUCGACGCUCUGAUCCUUAGUCUGGAUCUCGUCAAGACUCGUAUCGAAGCUAUGGGGGUGGACAUGCGUAAAACGUUUAUUGGUGCCAUUCUGGUUGGAUUGAUGGAGAAAACUCCAGACGUCAGAGUGAUGAAAGCCAUAACAAAAAUGUUAGAAGACUGGAUGAUGCACAAGAUUCCAGGAUCGAUGAACCCGACUCCAAGUUCAAGGGAAAAGUCUAUUUUGUUGGUAAAACUGACGCAGUACGUUGAGAAACGAUUUCCAGAAGACAACGAACUGAAUGCUCAAUUUUUGGAACUGGUCAACUUCGUUUACACUGACGAGCAUUUGAAAAAUACUGAACUUGUGUCCAAAUUGGAGCCGGCGUUUUUGGCCGGUUUGAGGUGCACUCAGCCGAAUAUUAGAGCCAAAUUCUUCAAGGUGUUUGAUAAUUCUAUGAGACGUCGUCUCUAUGAUCGCCUUCUCUACAUAAUCAGUUCACAAAAUUGGGAAUCCAUCGGCCAACAAUACUGGAUAAAACAAGUUAUAGAACUACUUUUGGUCACAUCGACUUCAAAAAUCGGUAUCGAAAUGUCGCACCAAAGUAGCAUUUUGCCUAGCAUAACUUCAGUUAUAAGACAAGAGAAACGAACCGAAUUUCAAAAAACUAAUCCGGAAAAUGCCCAAUUUUACGAUUGCACCGAAAUUAAAGAGGAAGUCAUUGAUUUAGAUCUGUCUAAUGUGGAAGUGGCACAUACUGAAGAGAAGCCACAAAGUAGAGCGGAAUCUAUUACUCAAAUGAUUAAUAAGCAUUUUGAAUUUAUUGAGGUUCUCCGUAAUAUAACCACCGAACAAUUCCUCCUGGCAGCGGCCCAGCUAUGCCACAUGGACACCAGCUUGGCUGAGCAUGUGUGGCUCAGCAUAUUCCCUCAAUUGUGGCAAUUGUUAGACGAAGACGAACGCUCAAUUUUAGGCCCAGAAAUGACUCCAUUUAUCACUUCUGGAACGCAUAUUAUUCAGAAAGAUUGCCAGCCGAGCGCCAUGAAUACUUUCGUUGAAGCUUUGUUCAGGUGCACUCCUCAAAUCGAAAUGGAACCGCCGACUAUGAAGUAUAUAGGAAAAAGUCAUAAUUUGUGGCACCGGAUGGCUUUGACGAUGGAGCAGCAAGCUUAUGAAAUGACUGGGACUGGUAAAGGGAAUAAUAUUCCAUCUGCUGCAAGUAGUAGUAGUGCUAGUUGUUACGAGUUUGAAGGAGAAGAACCCCAUCAAAAUGAGUUACUAGACUCCCUAGCUGACUUAUACCAUCAAAUGUGUGAAGAAGACCUAUGGGCAGGUUUAUGGCAAAAACACGCCCAUUAUAGAGAAACAAGUAUUGCCAUCACUUACGAGCAACAUGGCUUCUUUGAACAAGCUCAGGGGGCCUAUGAUGCUGUUAUGGAGAAAUAUAAAGUUGAUGCCAGUUCAGGACCAAUUCCAGCCACUCACAACCGGGAGGUCCUUUUAUGGGCCAACCAUUGGAUUAGGUGCGCCAAAGAAUUACAAAUGUGGGAUAUUUUAACAGAAUAUGCUAAAAAGUCGGACGAGUAUUUGCUUUUGCUAGAGAGCGCUUGGAGAAUUUCCAAACCCAACUGGGAAUAUAUGAAAGAAGCCUUGGCGAAUGUAGAAUUUUGCUGUCCCAAAGAAAUGGCUUGGAAAGUGACCCUUUAUGGCGGAUUUCUUAUAAUUUGCCAACCGGAGGACAGCAAGCCGCUUUUGUAUGUCGAAAGAUAUGUCGAAAGUGCCAGCGCUCUGUGCCUAAACGAAUGGCGUCGUUUGCCACACAUCGUUAGCCAUAUUCAUUUGCAAUACUUACAAGCCGCGCAGCAAAUUAUAGAAUUGCAGGAAGCUUACCAAAUCCAUAAAGGACUCUUACAGGGUGGUCAUCCAAACUCACUGCAUGACAUAAAAGCAACGGCCAAAACAUGGAGCAACCGUUUACCUGUCAUUGCCGACGACCUCGUGCAUUGGAGCGACAUCUUUUCCUGGCGCCAGCAUCACUAUCAAGCGAUAGUGAAACACUAUGAGCAGAAUCGAGAGGCCAAUAUGGCAAAUUCGAAAUUAGGUAUGCACGCAUCAGCCCAAUCUAUAAUUCAUUUCGGAAAGAUUGCUUGUAAACAGAAACUGACCAACGUAUGCCUUGACUCGUUGAACAAAAUUUACAGCAUAUCGAGUGUACCCGUAGUAGACUGUUUCCAGAAGGUCCGGCAACAAGUCAAGUGCUAUUUACAAAUGGCUUCUAUGAACAACAAGAAUGAGUUACAGGAAGGCUUAGAAGUAAUAAACCACACAAAAAUGCAAUACUUUGGCAAAGAUAUGACAGCAGAAUUUUACGCCCUGAAAGGCAUGAUGUAUCACUUGAGUGGAAAAUCCGAUGAGGCCAACAAAUCCUUUUCAGCGGCUUGCCAAUUGCACGAUGGCUCCAUCAAAGCUUGGGCUCUGUAUGGAGAUUAUUUGGAAAACCUUUUCAUCAAAGAUCCUAGACAAAUAGACUACGGCGUCAACGCUAUGCUGUGCUUCCUUUACGCUUGCAAACACCAAAACGAAGCCAAAGCCAGAAAAUAUAUUGCCAAAGUUUUAUGGCUGUUAAGCUACGACGACGACAAAAAUAGUUUGUUAGAUGCUCUGGAUAAAUAUGCUGUAAAUGUACCGGCAAUUUUAUGGUUACCCUGGACUCCGCAAUUAUUAAACUGUUUGAAAAAUUACAAAGGAAACGUUAUAUUGAAUUUAUUGUGUCAAGCCGGCAGGAUGUUUCCUCAAGCCAUUUAUUUGACUGUGAGGCUUUUGUAUUUGACGUUUAGGUCAGCGACUGCUAGGAAAACGAACACGGCUCAGCAACAAGCGACACAAGAAUCUCAGAAAACCGAGAGUUCCCAAGAAGGUACUUCAUCGACUGCAACAGGUUCUGGUACUGAUACAGGCGAAGCGGCUUCAGUAAAAGCUCCGCCCGGAAUGGUGCACUGCGUCAAAAUAAUGAAUAUGUUGCGCGGUAUACAUACUACGGUUUUAUCCAGCUUAGAAGGUAUAGCAGCUCAAAUGGAGUGGUUCAGAGAGAACUGGUACGAAGAGGUUCUACGCCAAUUGCGUCAAGGCCUCGCCAAAUGCUACGCCAUAGCAUUCGAAAACCGGGAAUCGGUAAACGAAGCCAAAAUCACUCCUCAUAUAUUAAAUUUCGUCAAAAAAUUGGUCUCGACCUUUGGAAUCGGUGUGGAAAACAUUUCUACCUCCUUCAAAGCGACUGCGUUCAAUUCAGCUGCUUCUGAGAGUUUAGCAAAGAGAGCAGAAGACACUUAUCAGGACCCGCUUUUCAAAGAAAUGAAAGAAGAAUUUAGAAAAGACUUUGAUUUUUCGCAAUCUAACUCAAUGCGACUGCACACUUUAAUUUUCAAAUUGAAAAAAUGGAUUAAAAUAUUGGAUAAUAGAUCUAAAAUGAUGCUACAAUCGUUCCUGAUGGAAGAAAAAUGUCGAUUCCUAUCGAAUUUCACGUUAAAAACGGCCGAAAUCGAACUACCAGGCGAAUUCCUGUUACCGAAACACAAUCACUAUUACAUAAGGAUUGCCAGGUUCAUGCCCAGAGUCGACGUGGUUCAAAAACACAACGCCGCAGCUAGAAGAUUGUAUAUCAGAGGACACAAUGGUAAAAUUUAUCCUUAUUUGGUGGUAAAUGGAUCAGGAUUGGCCGACGGCCGAAGGGAGGAAAGAGUUUUGCAAAUGUUGCGUAUGAUGAAUAUGUAUUUGGGAAAACAGAAAGAAACAGCAAGAAGGUUUCUGCAUUUUACUAUUCCAAGAGUUGUGGCUGUUACACAACAAAUACGUUUAGUGGAAGAUAAUCCGGCGUCAAUUUCUUAUUUGGAUGUUCUUAAGAAACAAUGUGCUAAACUUGGAAAACAAGGUAUAGAACAUGAUGAUCCCAUCCAAUAUUACUACGAACGCCUCGCCACAGUACAAAGUAGAGGCGUCAAAGCCAGCCAUCAAAUAUACCGAGACAUUUUCAAAAACGUCCAAGAAAAAAUGAUACCUAAAACCGUCUUGAAAGAUUGGGCUUUGCAAACUUUCCCUUCAGCGACGGAUUACUGGCAUUUUAGAAAAAUAUUUGGUUUACAACUGGCCCUGGCCUGUUUUGCAGAAUACGUAUUUCAUUUGACCCGACUGAACCCUGACAUGAUGUACUUGCAUCAAGAUUCCGGUCUUAUGAAUAUUUCGUAUUUUAAGUUUGACGUUGACGAAAGCACAGGCGAAUUGGAUCAAACCAGGCCAGUACCUUUCCGACUCACACCGAAUAUAGUUGAAUUUAUAGGAAGCAUAGGUAUCAGUGGACCACUCACCGCUUCGAUGAUAGCUACAGCUAGAUGCCUUGUUUAUCCUAAUUUUAAGGUUCUCAACAUUCUUAAACCGAUUUUGAGGGACGAAAUCAUCCUAUUUAGAGGGAAAAAAUCCGAAGAUAGCAACACCAAUCAAGAUAAGCUAUUAGAAGCUGAACAAAUAAUCGGUAUGGUAGGACGGGCCAUUACCUCAAUUUCCAAUAGACUGAAUAGUUUGGCACAGUUUGACGGGGCUGACAGCAAAGCUUCUACAUUAGUUAGCGCUGCCAGCAGUCCCGACAAUCUGUGUAGAAUGGAUCCAGCCUGGCAUCCAUGGCUGUAAGAUAUUUUAAAGUAUUUUUUAGGUUUUAAACGGUAUCUAAUUUAGAAUUGAAUCUUUCUUUAAUUUUGUACAAAAAAACUUGUUCAAAUCAUUAUUUAUUAUAAAUUUGUUGCAAAGCCCUUGUAUAGUACAAAAAUGGGUGCAAUUUGCAUGUUUUGGGUUGUGAGGAGUUGAAAAAAAAAAACAGAUUUUUUAUUAUUUUUUUAAAUUUAUGAAUAAAUACUACUUGAGUUUUUACAUUAUAACUUUGUAAAUUGAACAUUAUUUUAUUAAAUGAGUUUAUACAAUUAUUGUGGUGUUCACAAACAAUUACUUAAAACUAUUAGUAGGUACUUUCUUUGCCAAGCCAUAUUUCUCAGUUUAGGCAGAAAAUAAAUAAAAAAUAUUAGAAAUAGAGCUACAAAAAACUCGGCAGGCACUUUAUUGUACAUAAUGUACAUACAUUAGUUUUUCUUUGAAGUGUUUCUAUUAAAGUUAUGCGACUUUUACAAGGCAAUGUCCUAUACUACAGUAAACCAUUAUAAGUCAAUUUUAAUUUUUCAUGAUAGAUUGAACUACCUAAAUUUUUUGUAAAUAGAUAAUUGAAUGGUGCGUAAAGUUGAUCAAUCGCUAAAAGCGAAUUAUGCUUUUUGCCAGUAAAGCAUAUUUCAACACAAGAAACCAUAAUUUCUCGAAAGUAAAUCAGAGAUAUGGUAAUGGAAGAACAUACAUACUAAAUAGGGUUUACCUCAAAUUCAAACAAGACUCGUAGAAUUCCUCUUUUAAAAACCAGAACAUUACUGAAUUCAAGGAAGUAUUCCUUUUUAACACAAACUAAAUUCAUUCGAUAUACUCUAAAUCAAAAACAUUAUGCAUAAUAUCAAAAUUAAUUAACUUAUCAAUCUUAUUUUCUAAUUGCAAUAUGAUUUGCUGACCUAGACUUUACUGAAUUCAACUGUAGACAUCGGCGAAUGAAGUCAAAGCUUGAAAUAUUUUUACAUAAAACAAUUUAGCUUUUAAGCCAGGCUAACUGGCCAAAUUUCUCCAUCAAAUCCACCAUAAUCGCUUCAUCCUUUUUCUCUUCAGUUUUUUCCCCGUCAAUUUCUAGCCUGGGAGCUCGUCUUGAAGUGAAAUCCGGUUUUUCCUUUUCCGGUUCCACCAUUAAGCAGCGGUUUUGGGUUCUUGUUUUGGACCUGUAUUCUCUUAGCCAACGUCUGUUGAAUUUUCUCUCCUCCUCAGACGAAUCAGAAUCAG